GUAGCUGCAGUUCCGUCCCAGGUUCAUCAUCGGCUGUCUGUCUGGAGCACCAUGGCCGAUAAAGCACAGCUACAGGAGGCGAUUAAAACACAAGGAGAGGUCGUCAGGAAACUGAAAUCAGAGAAAGCGAGUAAAGAACAGGGCCCGUAGUGACAGGGUUGCUCACCACUUUUCUCCUGUUCUUCCUGCUUGUUGGCGCGGAUACCACCUCCACCACCAUCAUCAUCAUCGCUGCACACCUGGAUUAUCCUCGCUGUUUGUGGGAUCGGAUCGGAUCUGUUUUUGGACUGUAUGGUAUUGUGAUUGGUGUGUGUUUGGACUGUGCAUAAUGAACGCUCUGGGGCUGGUCUCCAUGCGGCUGUGUGCUGGACUCAUGGGCCGUCGCUCUGCUGUCAACCUGCCAUUUCUGCGCUUCUCCUCUGGAAUGACUUUAUCACAGAUUGAUGAAGAAGUGGCCAAACUGUUGCAGCUCAAAGCUCAGCUGGGAGGAGAUGAGGGAAAACAUGUGUUUGUUCUCAAGACAGCCAAGGGAACCAGGGACUAUAACCCCAAGCAAAUGGCUAUCAGAGAAAAGGUUUUCAAUAUCAUCGUCAACUGCUUUAAACGCCAUGGUGCUGAAACCAUCGAUACCCCCGUCUUUGAGCUGAAGGAAACGUUGACGGGGAAGUACGGCGAAGACUCCAAACUCAUCUACGAUCUGAAGGACCAGGGAGGAGAACUUCUGUCUCUGAGAUAUGACCUCACUGUCCCAUUUGCUCGCUAUCUCGCUUUGAAUAAAAUCACCAACAUUAAGCGCUACCACAUUGCUAAAGUGUACCGCAGAGACAACCCAGCCAUGACCCGGGGCAGAUACAGGGAGUUCUACCAGUGUGAUUUCGAUAUUGCAGGUCAGUAUGAUGCCAUGAUCCCUGAUGCCGAGUGUCUGAAAAUUGUCUACGAGAUCCUGAAUGAAUUAGAUCUGGGAGAUUUUCGUAUCAAGGUGAAUGACCGACGAAUUCUAGAUGGAAUGUUUGCUGUGUGCAGCGUUCCUGACGAGAAGUUCCGCACAAUCUGCUCCACAGUGGACAAACUGGACAAGACGGCCUGGGAGGAUGUAAAAAAGGAGAUGGUGAAUGAGAAAGGUCUUUCAGAGGAUGUGGCCGAUCGGAUCGGAGCGUAUGUGAGCAUGCAGGGUGGACAGGAUCUGGCCGAGCGGCUGCUUCAGGACCCCAACCUGUCCCAAAACAAACAGGCCUGCGCUGGGCUCACAGAUAUGAAGCUGCUCUUCAGCUACCUGGAGCUCUUCCAGGUCACAGAUAAGGUGGUGUUUGAUUUGAGUCUGGCUCGAGGACUGGACUACUACACUGGUGUGAUUUAUGAAGCUGUUCUCUCCCAGACCAUCCCAGCGCCGGUGUGCACGCCCACAGAGCAGAACGGGGCAGAUGAGGCUGGCGUGAGUGUUGGUAGCGUGGCUGGUGGAGGGCGAUACGAUGGUCUGGUGGGCAUGUUUGACCCCAAGGGCAGGAAAGUGCCCUGUGUUGGCGUCAGCAUUGGGAUUGAAAGGAUCUUUUCCAUCAUGGAGCAGAAGGCCGAGGCAUCUUCUGUGAAGGUGCGCACCACUGAAACUCAAGUGCUGGUGGCCUCAGCGCAGAAGAACCUUCUAGAAGAGCGACUCAAACUGACCAGCGAGCUUUGGAACGCUGGAAUCAAGGCUGAAGUUUUAUAUAAGAAAAACCCGAAGCUGUUGAGCCAACUGCAGCACUGUGAGGAAACUGGGAUUCCACUGGUGGCUAUUUUAGGAGAACAAGAGCUCAAAGACGGAGUCGUCAAACUGCGUAAUGUGGCCAGCCGAGAAGAAGUUGAUGUGCCCAGAGCAGAUCUGGUGGAUGAGAUCAAAACAAGGACCUUGUAGUCUUAAAAACAGUCACCAUAAGGACGACAGUGGACCCAUUUACCAAACGCCAAUUACAAUUGUGUAAUCAAACAUUGACACUUAAGGAGAAAACAUAUUCAGCUCAUAGCCUGCUCUUUCAAAUUGUGCUUAGAUUAUGUCAGAUCUAUCAAUAAAUGAGUAACUAAGA